UCAAUCUAGAUUUUUGGGUUAAUUGUGUGUAGAACCCCUGUAUUAUCUUCAGAUUGAAUUAGUAUCUCUAUAGUUCUACCGUUGCAGAUAGACCCCCUGAGUGAAUAUAUUUUGACCCUUUUCAGGGGGUCUAUCUGCAACAAGAAAUUUUCACUCAGGGGCCUAUCUGCAACAAAUGAAUACUUUCAGGGGAUCUAUCUGCAACAAUAGAACUACAGGGGUAGUAAGUUAAAUUUGGCGAUUGUGCAGGAGGUCUAUUUGCAAUUAACCCUAGAUUGUUUUUGAAAGUAAUAAUUAUAUUAUGUUCAACUUUUCAGGUUCUUUAGACAGUUUCUGGUCUUCCUACUUAUCAAUCAAAUGGCAUCUGGUCUUUUUCGGUUCAUUUACUGGAUUGACUCGACAAAUGAUCAUCGCAAACACUGUUGGAUCUUUUGCACUUCUUAUGAUUAUGGUGCUCGGUGGAUUCGUUAUAGGAAGAGAUGAUGUGAAGAAAUGUGGAAGAAAUGGUGGAUGUGUGGAUACUGGUCAUCACCGUUGAUGUAUGCACAAAAUGCAGUAUUGGCAAAUGAAUUCCUUGGCAAAAGUGUUGGAAUAACAAAUUAAAAUGCUAGAAUAAAUAAGGUUAAUAGCAUGAGUUUUAGAAGUGCAAGGGUUAUAAGUUUAGAAGGUGAAGAGAUAUAGAUUAUGGAAGAAUAGGAGUUACUCACUCCUUUAUGAUAUUUUAUAUUUAUGACAUUUAACGAGGAGUUUAAUUUGUGACUA